UGCCCGCUCCUCCAGCCAAUCACAGUCUCGCUCCCGGCUGUCCCUCAGCUGACUCUCCCCUCAUUCAGCUCGCAGCUCGUCGUGUCGGUUGGAUGGACGAGAGUUUGCUAGAGAAGACAGAAGCCUCCCUCGGAAUGGAGAAUGGUGGUGAAAUGAGUGAUCUCAUGGAAGAAAACUGCAAGAAAAACUAUUCUUCCCAGGAAACAUCUGCAGAAAAAAGUGUGUCUCCUGCUAAGGACUGCUCAGUAAGACACAAAAAAUUGCAAAAACUUGAGAAACAAUUAAAGUGCUUAGCCUUUCAAAAUCCAGGACCUCAGGUAGCUGACUUCAAUCCUGAAACUAGACAGCAGAAAAAGAAAGCAUGCAUGUCACAGAUGAAACAAAGUUUUUUUUAUGAGUCCAAAUUUACGAAGAAGUAUGACAAACAUGGCAAGCUGCUUUGUAAUGACAUAGACUUAUGUGAUUGCCUGGAAAUUGACUGCCUGGGUUGCUUCUAUCCUUGCCCCAAAUGCAACUCAAACAAAUGUGGACCAGAAUGCCGCUGCAAUAGAAAAUGGGUUUAUGAUGCGAUUGAGACUGAAGCUGGAGAUGUGAUCAGUGCGCUACCAUUUUUUGUCCCUGAUUGAUUAUGUUCUGCUAGUUUUUGUGCCUGAACAUUGUUCUUUUUUCUUCAUGUUUUAUUAAAAUAAAUCUAGGUUUUGUGAAUUGUCUCUAGUGAAGAACCUG